AUGACUUACCCAAGACAGAAGGGACCGAGUAGGAACAUAACUCACUUGCCUGCUCCUGCGCACCAAUCCGAUCAGCAAGUUCCGGUCACACCUGGCAUAGGCAGAGAGUCGUACAACCAAGACUAUUUCGAGAGGAGAGUUCUAAACUCGCCAAGUGUGACUCCAGGCUAUGAUUCGACGAUAGCGACGUCUCCAUUUGUUUCUCGUACAGAGACGCAAGUGGAUCAACAACAACCGUCGAAUGAGAAGAUCAUAUCUGUCACGUUUACUGUCCCACAUCUUUUGGAAUAUCGCGAAGGUUCGAACUGGGUAAGCCCUCGAAGACCGCAAUGCAUGCCUGUUCAAGUCGGUGCUGACGCAGCCAAUGCAAAGGACCUGCGGCGCUGCUACCACCGCUCGGCGUUGUUGGACGCUCUUCACUAUCUUUCUGCCAACGGUAGUUAUAAUCACGUUGUUGUGGCGUGGACUGGCGAGAUUCGCCGAGCGCCUAGCAGUGAUAACGAAAACGUGCCUAUUAACCAUGCAUUUAUAACCCCUUCGUCUACGUCUAUUUCUCUGGGAGGGAGGGAAACGUUACAAACAACCCAGCCGAAAAACAUUUUUGUGACUCGUGCUGACCAGCAGAGGCUUGAAUGCCAGUUACAUCAAGAUGAAAUAUGUUUCCUUCCCGUGUGGCUUGCGGAGGAAACGGACAUUGAACCGGAAGGCAUCAAGUUGUGUGACCAAUCGAGAUGGAGACAGUAUGCAGAACACGAUCUUUGCGCUUUACUUCAUUAUAGGCAGCACCCACCCAGCGAACCGUACUCUGAAGGCGUGAGAUGGGCAAAUUAUUAUCGAAUGAAUCAACGGUUCGCGGAGAAGGUCCUUGAAUCUUAUAGACCCGGAGAUGUUGUUAUAGUCCAUGACUACUACUUGAUGCUUCUACCGCUACUUCUGCGCAAACGACAUCCGCAUAUAAGCAUCACUUUCUAUCUGCACACGCCUUUUCCUUCUAGCGAAUUAAUUCGAUGUCUUUGUAGACGGCAAAGUGUUCUUGAAGGUAUGCUUGGGUCUGAUCUAAUUGCAUUCCAGUCAUUCCACUACGCUCAACAUUUUGCAAACUCUUGCGCCAGAAUUCUCGGUUUAGACGCUAGCAGCAAAGUCGUUCAAACAGCAACGGGGCGUGUGCGGAUUCGGGUGAUACCAAUGGGAAUAGAUAUUUCUGCGAUUCAUUCCCUUGCAUGGAAGACCACCGUCACUGAAAUGUGCUCAGCGCUGAGAAAGCAGCAUAGUGGCAAGAAAAUUAUUGUGGCAUAUGAUCCCAAGGACAGAUUAGGCGGCGUGGACAAAAAGUUGCUCGCCUUUGGUCGAUUCCUCGACAAAUAUCCGGAAUAUCAAAACAGAGUGAUACUUGUACAGGUCAUGAGCCAAACAAGCAUCGAGACUGAUGAUAGGGAGGAGUCCAAAUACGCUGCUGGUGUCAGCGAACUCGUCUCUGAAAUAAACAGCAAGUAUGGCUCACUGGAUUUCAUGCCCAUUCAGCUACACUCCCAAAGUCUCACUACCAGCGAAUAUUUCGCUCUGCUACGGUCAGGAGAUCUUGCAUUAUUCACAAGCGUUCGUGAUGGAAUGAGUACGACGAGUUUGGAAUACGUGGUUUGUCAGCAGCACGCCAAUGGCCCGAUCAUCAUAUCUGAGUUUAGCGGAACGGCCGGCAGCCUGAAGGAGGCUAUUAAGAUCAAUCCAUGGGAUACAACUGGCGUUGCAGAUAAGAUUCACGAGGCAUUGAACAUGUCUGAGAAAAGCCGGCAAACAAUGCAAGAGGCACUAUAUAAGCGAACAACUGAGCGCGAUGUUCAGUAUUGGGUGACCACGGUAAUCCACAGUUUGAAGAGAGCUGUGAAUGCCCGUGAGUCAAGUAUUUUUGUGGCUCUUGGUAUGCUGGCGGUCAUCGCCGUUCUCUACAGAAUUGAUGUUGCCGUGCUAACGGUGUUUGCUCUAGUUGACAUUGUUGCUGUUGCGAUUGAACUUAUUGUAUUCAAUUCUGUUGCUUGUGUCGUGCUCGCAGAUAUCCCCGUCGUCGGAGCUGCAUACUCUGGCCGCACGCCUGAACGUGUGAACCUGGGCCAUGUUGUUUGGUAG